GUAAUCUUGGAGCACGAAGAUAGCAAGCGCCAUGUGAUCUCUAUAAAAUUCUGGCCGGGAGGAGAGGUGCAUACAGCCUUGAAGAAACCCUUGCCAGAAAGUCAGUGCCUUUCAUCCUCACCUGCCAUUGGAAGUAGCAUUGCAGCACUCAUCGAUCUAGCAUAUGAAGGGCGGAAGGAACGAUCUCUUCUCCAAACAACACGACGACCCCAGAGAGAGAUACAAGCUGCUUGCCUCGGCUUUGUACGAGCUCCGCCGAUAGACUAGACCAAAAACCCAUAAAGCUUGGUCUAGGGUCAGGAUGAUCCCUAAUCCGCUGUCACCAAGAACGUACAUGUCCUCGUCCGGCACUUGUAGUUACGUCAGGCUCGAACACAAGUCCAAUGGCUUCAAAAGCAAUGUGCGUCCUAGGAGAUGCAGACGCCGGAAAGAAGACUCUGACCUGGCACCUGGUCUUCACGCAAGGCAGGCCCGUUUCAUUCCACGGCCCCUCGGCCCAAUACACGAUCACAGGUAACCAUGACUAUCCUCGACAUCUGGAAAAGACUAAUCAUUCCACCGAAGACAUUCCCGGAAAUGCUGAUGUUGCCCUCUGGGCUGUAGAUGCGUCUGCUGAUGACUACGGAGCGUGUUCGAGCCAAAGGCUUGCGUCCCUCCUGUCUUCCGGGAAGCUCCGUGUCGAGGAGCAGCUGAUUAUAAUUGCUACUAAAAUGGACCUGACCAACUGGUCGGAGACUGUCUUCGCGCAGGUCGCACACUCAUUCGCUAAGAUCAAGCUGGCGCAAUCCAAAAUCAGCAUUGUGCCAGUUUCUGGCCUGCACGGGGACAACCUUAUUGAGAAGUCAGACAAGGCGGCACACCUCCAGCCUGCGGGCAAGGCAGAGGAGGGAGGGCUUACAGUCUUGGGUGCGCAGCCCCUGAUGUCGCUGCUGUGA